UUUUUCUCUUGUUUUUUUCUGGGUAAUUUUAAUUUUUCAUCUUUUUUUUAUUUUUCAAGUCAUUAUGUCUCAACCAAGGCAAUUUCAGAUGGUGGGUAGUAACAAUCCUGGGCAAUACAAUGACACAACUUUUACAAAAAUAUUUGUUGGAGGUUUGGCUUGGGAGACUCAAAGAGAUACCAUGAGAAGGUACUUUGAGCAGUUUGGAGAGAUCCUUGAGGCUGUUGUUAUUACAGAUAAAAACACUGGGAGGUCCAAGGGUUAUGGCUUUGUUACAUUCAAGGAUCCAGAUGCAGCCAUGAGAGCUUGUCAAAAUCCUUCUCCUGUUAUUGAUGGAAGGAGAGCCAAUUGUAACCUUGCCUCUCUUGGUGCACAUAAACCACGCCCACCAACUCCUCAGCAUGGUUCAGGAAGGUUUAGACCAGCACCUGGUUUGAUGGCUCCACCAGCUUAUCAUGGCUCCACAUCUACAUACUUCCAUCAACCCACUGCUCAAUACCCUUUUCCUUAUUCAGCUUAUGGUUACACUGGAUAUUCACAAGACUCCAUAUAUCCCUUGAACUAUUAUGGUGUCUAUGGUGCUCAACAAUUCUCACCUUACUUAACCAAUGCUGGGGGAUCAGGAGCAACUGGCAUGUUCCACAAUUUCUACCCAUUAUAUGCUCAAUAUACACAGAGCAGCCAAGCUCAUGGUUUCAACGUUCAAUAUCCUCAAAUGGUACAAUACCCUUAUUUGCCUCACCAUUAUGGCUCAACAGGAAUCCUCUCUCUUCCUUCUUCUAUGGCCAUGACCACUACCACUACUAUUACUACUACCCCAGGUGCAACAGCAGCAACAACAACAACAGGGGUGACAGGAACAGUAGCUUCACUAGCCUCCGGGACGACUUCCGAACAGAAUUCAUCAACUUAAGUUUUGGACUGAAGAAGAGAAAAACAAAUGUCUUCUACAAGGCUAACAUGGAUAAAGGAUCAAAGCGUCAAAAGCCAAAAAAAAGAAAGGAAAGUGGAAUAAGGAAGACACACAAAGGGUGACUUGAUUUGAAAGAAAUGCAUAACAAGAGAAAGGAAUCCAGAAUCAGAGAUGGGAUAUUUUUCAUUCACGGAACAGGCAUUUGGGGAUGACAUUACAAAGCUUGCUUCACUAACCUCAUCAUCCUCAUUGUCAUACAUGUUUUCUUUAGGACAAUAGGGAGUUUUUUUCUUUUGUUUUUUUUAAUUAGUAGUUUGUUAGCAUUAGGAUGAUAAGAAUCAUAUUCAUUUAUGCAUUGGCAUAAGGUGGAAGCUGAAUAUUGGCUUUGGAUUCUACCUUGCAUACUGACUUCUAUAUGAUCAUUAUUAUUGUCUUGGAAGCAUAAAGCAUCCGAGGACAUGUUUAUAUAUUGGUAAGCAUUUCUGGUUCAAAAGAUUGGUUUUGUAUCUUUGAACCACCCACAGCCUUUGUUGGUCAACAAAAAGUGGCUAGCUCAGGGACAGCUUGGCCAGUAACUUGUAAUUUUUUUUUUUUUUUUUCCUUUUUUCAUUAAUCAAGAUUGAUACUUUUUUUUAGAUAGGAAGGAUUCAGUAGGAACGUAACAACAUUUUCAUUUUCAU